AGUAUCAUGUAACGUUUUACGGCAUGCAUGUGUUUUUGUGGGCAGCGGGUUGUUAUUAGCUAACUGCUGAAGUGUAUGCUCUUAUUUGUUUCCAACGCUUGAACAAAACAUUUUUACGUUUUCCAAGCCAGAGAAAUGGAUGUUGGAGAGCUCCUGAGCUAUCAGCCUGAUAGAGGAGCAAAGCGUCUAAGGGAAGAGGAUGGAGGAGCAGCAGGAGAGGAUGACUCCCGAGGAGGGAAACAGCAGAAAGGGCUUAGUGUCAGAGAGUUGACCAGACACAGAGAAGCAGGAAUAGGAAUGGAAGGAGGGAUUGAAAUGAGGGAGACUGAGGAGCUGACUGGGGAUAGGAAGAAGAUCCUGGAGAAACUGAUGGACCAGGAUGAAGAAGAACCUGAGGCGGAGCCAGUGGAUGAGAGUUCAGUGAAGAAAAUGAUCCUGACCUUUGAGAAAAGAUCGUACAAAAAUCAGGAACUUAGGAUAAAGUUUCCGGACAAUCCAGAAAAGUUCAUGGAGUCGGAGCUGGAUCUGAAUGACAUUAUCCAGGAAAUGCAUGUGAUUGCCACAAUGCCAGACCUCUACCACUUGCUGGUGGAGCUUAAUGCUGUGCACUCACUGCUGGGCCUCCUCAGUCAUGAAAACACUGAUGUCGCCAUAGCAGUAGUGGAUCUGCUGCAGGAGCUGACAGAUAUCGACACACUCCACGAGAGUGAGGAGGGUGCUGAGGUACUCAUAGAUGCUCUGUUGGAGGUUCAGGUGGUGGCCUUGCUGGUGCAGAAUAUGGAGCGGCUGGAUGAACAGGUUAAAGAGGAGGCUGACGGCAUCUAUAACACACUGGCUAUCAUAGAAAAUAUGGCAGAGUUCAGACCAGGCCUGUGCACAGAGGCAGCUCAGCAGGGACUCAUGCAGUGGCUGCUCAAGAGAAUCAAGGCAAAGAUGCCGUUUGAUGCUAACAAGCUGUACUGCAGUGAAAUCCUGGCUAUCUUGCUGCAGAACAAUGACAAUACCAGAGAACUAUUGGGAGAGAUGGAUGGCAUUGAUGUGUUACUGCAGCAGCUCUCUGUGUUUAAACGUCAUAACCCGUCCACAGCUGAGGAACAGGAGAUGAUGGAGAACCUCUUUGACGGGCUGUGUUCCUGCCUCAUGCUGCCAGCCAAUCGGGACCGCUUCCUCAGAGGGGAAGGGCUUCAGCUGAUGAAUCUCAUGCUUAGAGAAAAGAAAAUGUCUCGAACCAGUGCUCUGAAGGUCCUGGACCAUGGGAUGAUUGGACCAGAGGGAGCGGAUAACUGCCAUAAGUUUGUGGACAUUCUGGGCUUGCGAACCAUCUUUCCACUUUUCAUGAAAACUCCCAAGAAGAUGAAAAAAACCGGAGCUUCAGAGAAAGAGCACGAAGAGCAUGUCUGCUCCAUCAUCGCCUCCAUGCUGAGAAAUCUCAAGUCCCAACAGAGAAGCAGACUCCACAACAAGUUCACAGAGAACGACUGUGAGAAGGUUGAUCGACUGAUGGAGUUGCAUUUUAAGUACCUGGAGGCUGUUCAACAGGCUGACAAGAGAAUCGAAGGAGAGAAACAUGAGAUGGUUCGUCGUGGGGAGAUCCUGGACGAUAGCAUGGAGGAUGAGUUCUACCUUCGUCGCCUAGACGCUGGACUAUUCGUCCUUCAGCUCAUCUGCUACAUUAUGGUGGAGAUCAGCAACUCAGGGAUACCGCAGCUACAGCAGAGGGUCCAUCAAAUUCUCAACCUAAGAGGAGGCUCUGUCAAAGUAGUGCGCCACAUCAUGAGAGAGUACGCAGAGAGCAUUGGGGAUGGGAAGAGUGACGAGUUCAAAGAGGCUGAGCGGAAGAGGAUCAUGGACCUUGUAGACAGCUUCUAAUCUCUUUUCACACACACACACACACACACACACACACACACACACACACACACACACACACACACACACUCAAACAAUAUGUUCUUACACGUGAGAACAUUGAAAACCCAUAGUUCUGAUUUGGGACUGAUGGUGACCAUGACCUUGACUCAGUCUAAGAACUAAGUGGUCUAUUUUCUGUAACAUACAGAAGUAUGUUUACAUGCACAGAAAUACUAUGAUUCCUAGUCCUCUAAAGGCAAUCCUUUAUUUACUGAUUUUCAUGUAAUUUUUCAAAUAACCUGGUUUACAUUACCACUUUUACCAUACCUGGUUAAAAUCCAGUGAUGACUGUGCAGUUUAACAUACUCACUGUAUGACCAGUAAGAGUCCAGAAGAUUGCAGCUCCACUGAAAGAUAUAGCAAAGAUGAAAUGUACUCAGUUUUGUUCAUUUUCUGUACUGUGGUGUUGAACACUGCGGGGUAAUUAUGGACAGACGUUGCAGAGAUCCGCAAACUUAAUAUUUCUCCCUUGGCCCUCCCACUUUACCUGCUUUGUUUGUUUGGGAUUUACAUGUAAAAUAUUUUCUAAUAAAACAUUUGGUAAUAAAA